AUUGCUUCCGCCCUCUCUGAAGCUGCACGGCAUUGUGCGCAUGCGGAAAUUGAUUUUUUUUUUAAACCAUUGAGACGGUAGGAAUUUUUCGCUGCGUGAACGCUUGGUCCUUCUAUCCCCUCCAGCUUCUCGACUGCUCUGGGUGCAGCCUGUCCUGAAGAGCACCAAGGGCAGAAGAAAGGCUCUGUUACCGUAAUGGUCUGCCACCGGCGCCUUCUCCUGAGUCAGCCGCGUGAGGAGCAUGGAGUCUGAGGCUCGGAGUGAGAAGAUCAGCAUCGGCGCUGAGAGCCCCAGAGGCGGUGACGUGGGGGAGCUGGGCAUCGGGCUGCCCAGCUCUGCCAAGAGCCGCCCAGGCACCUGGAGGCAGAAAUGUGCCGCCUACGUUCUGGCCCUGCGGCCCUGGAGCUUCAGCGCCUCUCUGACCCCAGUAGCCCUGGGCAGUGCCCUAGCCUAUCGGUCCCAUGGAUCCCUAGACCCAGGGCUGCUAGUGGGCAGUGCAGUGGCUGUCCUGGCUGUGCAUGGAGCAGGUAACUUGGUUAAUACCUACUAUGACUUCUCCAAGGGCAUUGACCACAAGAAGAGUGAUGACCGGACAUUGGUGGACCAGAUCUUGGAGCCUCAGGAUGUGGUCCGGUUUGGGGUCUUCCUCUAUACCCUGGGCUGUAUCUGUGCUGCCUGCCUCUACUGUCUCUCCACUCUCAAGCUGGAGCACCUGGCCCUGAUCUACUUUGGGGGACUUUCCAGCUCCUUUCUUUAUACUGGAGGUAACUAUAUGGCCACCAUCCCCACAGUAGCUGGAUUCCGCACCGGUCAUUGCUGUUAUGACUAGGUCAGCUACAGAAUGCAAGAAGUGAAUAUGGAUGCCAACUAAACUAUACAAAGCGAAAGGAAUGGAGAUAGGAAGCAUUUUUAAAAAGCAAUAUUAGUGGCUUGAAUCUUCUCAUUAAUUUCAUGGGCAUCUGGAGAAACAGCCCCCAUAAAGGCAUGACUUAAGUAUUGGGAGGGGCCAGAAAAAAUCAAAUGUGCCACCGGGCAGGCUAACCAUGCAGUGGCUGUAAGGAGAUGGCUGAAGGGAACAGGAAUUCAGGAAUAGGGUUUGCACUACUUUUGCCACUAGGGGUUCAUUUACACUAAAGUCUUUUUUAAAUUGAGUUCACUGAUUGCCGGUGAACUCAAGUGAGCUAACACGUUUGUAUGUGCUAGGUCUGUGCACUCCACAAAUAUUUGUUCCCAGACACACACAUUUGUGGAGUCCAGAUUAGCAUGUACAAACCCAUUGGCUAUCAGUUAACUUGCACUAAAAACCUCUAGCAUAGAUAAACCCUUUACUUAGAAUUUGCUGUGUCCAUAAGGUUCAAAUGAAGUGUGGAUGGACUCUACUUGUGGAGUAUUGAGUAGAAGUCAACUCUAAUGCAGACCAGCUCUUCACAAGGAGGGUUUGCUGAUCUAGCAGUACCGGUGUGCUAUACUGGUCAAGAGCUCAGAGUGCAGAUGCAGUUAAGCUUUUGGUGGUAUAGCUUAUUCCAGCCAGCAGAAGGACAUCCUUGCUGGUAUAACCUCAUCUACGCUCACUGUGCCUUUUGCUGAUAUAGCAGAUCAUGCCUCAUCACACCUGAGUUACAUAGCUGUGCCAGCAAAUGUUUGCAGUAUAGAUCUAGUCAAAGUCUAAAUCUUUGGGAGCGGUUAGUGGCUGGUGGUUUGAAGAGAUGCAUCUCUGUGUGUUUGAACAGGUGUCAGAUGUUUUCCCCUUUAUUUUGAACAGAUCACAGAAAUCUCAAUUCAUUUGAAGGGUCUGAUGCCUGCGCCCAAACUCUGUGCUAACUGCCCAAGCUGCCAGCUCUACCAGCACUGACUCCUGUUAGCACCUCUGCACUGAGAUGGGGGGGAUGCUUUUGCACAUUGUAUGAGCUACACGAGCUAGGCUUAUUCCAAUGAGUUUAGGGAGGAAUUUAAGCCUUAACUCCAAGGCUCUUGCAUCUGAAGCUGAUGCUUCGUGUCCUUGUAGCAGUGUUUCGGGUAACAUGUCUCCAGGACAGGAAAGUACUGAGCUAGUGAAGCAUAGGAAAUACCUGCCACCCUUUCUGUGAUGCGUAUCUUAAGUCAAACCCCCCAUCUUAGACAUUUGAGAUUAGUUUGUGUUGUCCUCCAAAAUGUACUCAGCAACUCCUGGUCCACUCCAGCUUCUGCCCUGGCAGCUGGAGCAGAGAGAGACACAUGGUCCAGCUUUUUCCCCUCCUCUCCAGUAUCUUGGGACCCUUCAGCCUCUUUCUAGAUUGUGCCAUUUGUGUUCAGGUUUUCAGCUGAGUAGGGGCUGCAUUUCUGCAAAUUGCCUGAAGAUGGCAGAGGUGUACUGUCAUCACUGGAGUAGGGUGGAAUAACUAUAUUCUAUGGCAGGUUUCAGAGUAACAGCCGUGUUAGUCUGUAUUCAGUGAUACUCAGACCUCAAUGGUUCAGGAGCCAAAUUGGCAAUCAGCAUUACCUAAAAGAGUCUCAGUAACGUGAAUCCAUGGUUUCAUUUACUAUAGUACUCAUAUUUAUAUAUAAUAUAAUCAUAUUUAAGCAGCAUGGCAGGGGAAAUAUUUUGUGUGUAUAAUAAAAAUUCUCACAGCAAAAUGACUGACCAACUUAUUUUUAUCAACUACAAUUGGAUAAUAAAGUAAAAGCACGCUGACUGAUUAAUAACUUAGAAUAGUUAAUAAUUACAUCACCCAGUGUUUUAAUAUCAUGUGUUGCAAAAAGCCACUUGCAGCUUGCGAGCCUCAGUCUGAGUAUCACUGUUCUACGGUAAUGGGGCCACAUAAGCAUCUAAGAGAUCUAGAAGAUACAGUAUUAUCCUGCCAGCUGCGAUCUCCGUGCACAAAAUGAACUGGACAGAGUUCCCUCUGAAUUACUCGUCACAGCUCUUUCUACAGUAGGCAGAGACAGGGAUGUCUGGAGAAGCUGCUCUUCUCCCCAGUGAACUGGUUCCGUUCAGCACCAGAAUGGCUGCAAUGUCUGAUCAGGACUGACCAUGCCAGUUCAUCACUGCCUAGAGUGGGGUCACUUGAGAGGGCAUCCUGGACUCCUAGCCCAACUGAACCUGCUUUUGUCUCCUUAAUUGCGAGAAUUUCUCUGUAGGUUGGAGAGAGGUGAGAAUGCUCAGUGGAUCGGACGUACAUUGCACUUUGGAAACUCCAUUCUUGGAUAGCGGUGGUAAAGUUGCCUGUAACUGAAAAGCCUUAAUGACAUUAGUGUCUUGAGGGAAAACUGCUGGCUCAAGAGUGCCAAGAGCAGAACCCACCCCCUCCUCCAUCUGCUCAAGCUCCCUUUGGGAAAAGGAAGUGGAUACAGACUAGUGGGGCAUCCCCAGUUUACCAGAAUGUAGGCCUCCUAGUCUAAAAGCUGGAAGACCAGGCUGGGCUGCUCCUGCACCAGUACAAUCAGGGGAGCUGGGAUGGAGUGUAGCCUGGUGUUACAGAUAGGGGAUGAGAUGACCCAGACCAAAAUAGGAAGGCUGGGAAGGUUCAGAAUCCCCCUAUAUCUUUUUCCCAGGCCGACCCAGAAUCCCAGCUCCAAACACCUUGCACAGUUUUGCUGUAUGUGAGAUCUGGAUCCAGAUGAGAGCUAUGGGGCUUGGGAAACCAACUCUGGAUGCAGGGAAGCCGCUUAUGUAGAAGCCACUGACUGUAAGGCUUGCUGGGCCUCAUUGCUUUCAUCCAGAGGUGGAGAGAACAUGACAGAGCAGCUAAUCCACAACUAAGGCUCCCAGGCUGAACUUGUGCAUGGCAGGAGGAUCAUUUUCAAAUCAGCAAUGUGGAUCUGCAGGUGCAAAGGGACUCCCUGGGUCAUGCACCUUGAAGGGGUAAGUGCUCAUGGACAGCAGCAGGUCUCUCUUUGUGGAAUCCUCCCAAUGCAUCAUUCACACAGUGUUGUCACCUGAUUUGCACUUUGCGAACCCCUACAAGGUGAGGUCUUGGCUCCAAGAUGUUUACUACAGGAUGCCCUGGUCCAUAUGGGGAGGACCUUGAGUGGCGCCCCACUGGUGUCAUUGAGUGUGGUACAACAGGUGAGGAUGCACGCAUGGACUGUACCUUGUGGAGGAUGUAAUUGCAAGGACUGUGCCAUUGGGAGGAUUCAUGAAAGGCAAGGCCUUAUGUACUCCACCACAAAUGCAAGACAAAUUCUACAACAAGACUCCUGCAUCCGGAGGCAACCCCAGCACAGCAGGGCUGGAUAUCCUGUUGCAGCGUAGGCUGAAUUAACUGAUUUUUAAUGAAAUUAAAUAUUAGAAUGAAUAAUAGUCAGCACUGUGUACCCUCCCCCCCCGUUUAUGAUAUUCUGUUCAGUUUAUCUUAAAUGGCCCCAUAGCAUUUAAUUUUCAGUGUGCUCCAGACCUUGGUGUUGGAAAUGCAGGGCUGUAUCACAGAGGCUGUCCAGGAGAGAGCUGGAGGCUUUGGCCUUUGAGGAGGGGACAGCUAGGGUUGUGGGACCCUGGGAAGGGGUGGAAGGAAGUUUGGGCUUGUGGGACAGGGAUAUUAGUUGGGUGUUCAAUGACCAACAAUGUCGUAGUUAUCAGUUCUGACACAUCAGUCUUCAGACUUAACUUGCUGCUGAGAUGAUAUUUUAAUAAGAAUACCUAGGUCUUAUACAGCACUUUUCAUCGAUAGAUCUCAAAGUGCUUUGCAAAGCUGGUCUGCAUCAUUGUCAGAUGAAUGAGGUGAUUCACCCCUCUCAGAGCCAUUGUUCCAGGCUGUCUGCAGACUCGGCUCAGUGCCUCCGUUAACUCUCCCUUCAGAUUGGGAAGAUUCUCUUUGCAGCUAGAAAAUAAAAGCUUGAAUUCUGGAGCACAGUUCUGCAGCUGACAGAUUGCAGAGGAUGCAGGGCCCUGGUGGAUGGAGACACGUGCACGUGCUUUAGCAUGGCUGUGCUUUUUGUCUUCAAAGAAAUUCAGGCCCUGAAAGUGAGGGGUCAGAAAACAGCUGCUGAUUUGAGCCUUGUCUCGAUGCAGGAAGCCAUGAGUCUCCUCUGGGGUAAACAACUGACACAGCUAAAUGGCUGCAGAUUAAUUUCUAAUGUAAGGAUUAAGUAUUGACAGACUUUUCUUGCCCUGGCAGGUGAUGGUGGAAAUGUACCUUUGAAGAGAGCCAUCCAGCCCCACCCUGCAUUCUUAAAUCUUUCACCACUGAUGGCUUAAUAAGCUUAUUCUGGUCAGACUCUGAGGAAUAAGCUCACAAAGGAGUGUGGGCAAGCAGUGCAUCAUGUGCAAUAUCUGCCUGCGUGGAGAAAAUUGUGCAGUGUCUGCACAGGUUUUGUGUAGAUGCUGUAAAGUGUGUGUGUGUGUUUACAGAGCUGCCUUAACCCUCCAAUCUCAAAGCACCCUUCCAAAUAUUAGUUAACUCUGACAGUGCUCCUGGGAGCUUAGUCUGUGUUGUCCCCAUUUCGUGGUUGGGUAAACUGAGCUGCUGUCCCUUCAUCAUAGGAGCAUGUGUGCAAUAGGGGAUCAAAACACAAGAAUCCUACUCUCCAGUCUGUUGUUUUCAUCACUACCCUACCCCCUCUCCUGGUAGUUUGCCUUCAGAUCGCUUUUAAUUCACUCACCUUUGGCUGCUUUGUUCUCCGAGUUUUGCUCCAGCUGGAAUUACAUAUUUAAGGGAUGAAAUGCUGCUCUGACUUUUUGAGAUUUUUCAUUUUAAGGUGGAGCUAAAUAUCCACCCAGGUUAAAAUCUAUAGCUCCCAGAACUGCUAAAAAAUUCAUAAGGCUUAAUAAAACUCUAGUACAGCUGGCUUAUUGCAGCUGUAUGUCUGAAGGAAAAAUAGAGAUCGGCUCUGCCUAGAGUAACAGCCGUGCUUUACUGUCUGAAAUAAGCCUUUUGCUCCUGUGUGUAACUGAGUAAGAUCCAAAGUGAACCUGUUUAUUGGGUUUUCUUUCCAAUCUUCCAGUGCAAUCUCUAAAAACUGGCGCUGCAUCUCCUUUGUCUAUACUUGCCCCUUCUGAAUCCUAUGACUGUCCAUGUCCUAAUCCAGACAUUUCAGCAACCAACGGGGUGCUCCCUGAUGGAGGAGUGUCUGGGGUGCGAUCCAACACCCCACUGAAGUCCGUUGAAAAGGUCCCAUUGUCUUCAAAAGGCAUUGGAUCAGGUCUUGAGAGGGGGCUAGAGAAGGCUUCUGAGCCUUUGGAUACAGAGAGCUUCUGAAUCUGAACCUGGAAUCCUCUGAGGAAGCAUGGCUGGCCUCCAGCACUGAAGGAUUGUUAAACAGCAAACACAAAGCCAGUUACAAACCAAGUUCAUCUGUUCCCUUGGAAACAGCCCUGCAUGUGGCAAUCUGUCCCGGAUUCCAGGCUGUCGUUGGCCCCUGGGGCAAAAAGUCAGCUGAGGUUUCCAAAGGGAAGUUUGCAGCCUUUGCUCAGACCCAAAUGUUUUCACUUUUUAAAAAAAACCCCAAGCCCAUCCUGGCACCCGUCUGCUCUAUCCAGACUUGUUGUCCUCCCUGCUGAGGCCAAAGUGGUUUGAAAAGUUAAAAAUCCACGACACCAUUGUGUUGCUUCCCCCUGUGUUGCUUGUUAAUCAGAUGGACUUGCUGAUAAUGAAUAAAGAUGAAUGCCCUGGUGGAGCAACGCAUCGGGCAGGCAGUUUGUCAAGUAGGAAAGUGAAUGCUGAAGCCCUCGCAAAAUGCAGAGGCUUUUCUUUAACUUGAGAACUGAAAAAGAGCCGGAUACCCUGCAUGGGUUUGAACGUGACAAGAGCCUAGCGACUGGCCAGAGCAGCAUCAGGUUUGAAGUGACGAGAAGGGUCUGUUGUGAAGUCUGUACUUCCACUGAGGACUCUUCCAUUGCCAGGGUAGUGCUGGUGCAGGUCUGCCGGCACAGUAAUGCUGAGAGGCACCAGUGUAGACGAGGCCUCUUUCCUAUUGAAGUGGAACUUGGCUUGCCAUGAAGUUGGUGUGUGAGGGUGAAGUGCUCUCACUGUGGGUCAUGCUGCAUUUGGAUUUGCUGCAUGCUAGUUUCCCCAUAAGGCAGAACUCCUACCUGAGUCUAUAAGACAACCCCCUCCGGCCCCCCCCCCCCCCAAAAAAAAACGCAGUUGUAUACUGCGCUCGCUCUUUCUCCCUCCCCGUGUCAAUGUGUUUCUAUUCCUUCUCUCCAGCAUUCCUUGAAACACUUUCCCAGCCUCGCUUCCUUAGACACUUAAUGGAACUGACUUUGUCAGGUAGUUUAGGCUGAAAAGCUAUGGGUUUGGUUUUGUUCUUUUUAUCACAAAAAGGGUCUAAAAUCAGAUAGUAUAGAGGGAAUGUUGUCAUGAGACUGGAAAAAAAAAAAUCAGUGAAAACAGUUUGACUUAAAUCUUUCCCUGCAGUGUUUGCAGCCUGAUAUUGCAUCAUUGUGCUGGUGCCUGAGAACAAGCGAAGGAAAGUGACUAGUCCCUUUCAUGUGAACUUACAAAUCAGUUAUUCUGUCUUGACGCAGGAAUCCAUAUUUCUCCUAACACAGGCCCUGGCUGAAAGCAAAUGAGCAAGCAGCGCCUUUGUUUUGGUGGCAGAAAAUGGAGAAGAGAAAUAGUACUUCAUAUAAGUUAUAGCCAACAGCACCGAUUGCCUGCUUUGUACAGCAAAAUGGUGAUUCACCGCUUAAAUAGCAAAGAAGCUAUCACCCGGCAUGUGAAUUGACCAGGGCACAUGACUAAGGAAAAUGUUUUUGGCAGGGCUGGCAGAAGAGGGAAGGUUGCAAAUCUUCUAGGCACAGGGGCUUAAACAGUUACAGUUCAAAGCAAACUGCCCAAGGGGAGUGAGAGGGUUAACCAGUGUGCAAGUGAAAACCCAGUGGCCACAACCCUAUGUAGUAGAGACGGGGAAGUUUGUAGUGGACCAUAGCUGAUAUUAUAGGCAAUAGUGGCAGCUCGGGACUGCUUAGGUGUCCUGCUUCUUGGCUGGGCUUGGGGAGUGGGAAGAAUUCUUUCUCCUCUGUCACCCCAAAUGAUUGAUUCGUGCACAAAGCCCAUUUGCUCAGGCUUUUGGGGGAAGGCAGAAUUUUACCCUAUUUCAGUCUUUUUGCCUCUCUCAUAAGAUCGGCUGCCAUUCAUAAAUCUGCUAAUGCUACUUGCUUUAGACACCAGAGCUCAGUUCUUCUUUAGGCACUAAAAGAGGCUAGCUGUGCAAAAGCACUCCUCGUGCUGGAUCCAGAGCUCUUGGGGAAACCUUUUGCUGUGGAGCACUGGGAAAUCUGGUCCUUUGUGCAUUUGCCAGGAAAAGCCAAAUAACCCAGCUGGUUUUGCAAUCCUACUGCUGGUAAAUCUGCAAAGGCAUCUCCCAAGAAAGGGAGAAAUCUUCCUGCCAGCAGCUUGAUCUGUGCCAUGGGUAAUGGCCUGUUUCUGAAAUAAACUGUAUGUGUUUAUUUAGGUUUGUACAAGCUACAUGUGCCCAAAAACUUGUUAACAUAUUUGUAAAACAGACAAACUUACUGCCUAUUUUGUGGAGCAGGCCAACAGCCAAUUAACUGCAUGCUCGGUGGUCUCUGUUUGCCAAUAAGGCCACGAGGCACCGUCGCGCUCGACACUAAUAGGAGGUUUUUCAAAUUCAGGCUGAUCAGGAAGAGGGUCUAAUAAACCAUGUCCCUGAGCACGGUUAGCUAUUGUCCCUAUUGGCUGAUGUAGUGACUUCCAGUGGAUAAUAAAUUACCCUCACUAUGGCACUUUAGCCAUUAUAUGCCACAGUGAAGUCAUAUUUCAACCCAUGGGCAGUAGAUUUCUAAUACUGUAUAAACUUCAGCUCUAUUCAGUAUAAAUAAAGCAGAGGCUGGGAAUGACCCUGCUAUAGAUUCACUGGCUGUUUUAUGUUAUGGAGCUCAAUAAAGCCCUAAAAAAGCCAUACUUUUCUCCAGCUGACCUUUCUCCUCCCUUAAAUUAGUUUUUAACUCGGCCGUUAAUUACCCACAAUGAAAAUUAAGGCAAGGCUGAGUUGAUUUCUCCCCAUGUGAUCUGCCCUUGGGUCUCCAAAGGAUUAAUCACCCCACAGUGCUAGAAUCUCCUACCUAGACUGUUUUCUUUGCCCUGCUCCUUUGGAACUUUGCAGGUCAGGGUUACAGGAAGAGGGGGAGCUAUUCUGGCAGGAGCAGUGGGAGGAGAUAUAACAGGGCAGCUGGCCCAUUUAAUGAACCAGGGCUCAGCUCUCCUGUUCCAGUCCAGGGGUGGCCAGUUGGGCUAAUUAAAAGGGUGUGGCCGGACCUGAGGGCUAUCACAGGCCUGGUGAGAAGAGGCUGCUGGGGAGUCAGAGCAGACUGGUUUAAUCAGGAAGACUGGGAGGUGAGAGCUGUUGCACAGGAAAGAUGGUUCCUGGGAGGGGGCUGAAAGCAGCAGAGCAGCAAAGGGUUUGCCGAGGCUGAUGAAUGCUGGUUUUGAGCCGGAGCCAAGGGCCAGAGAGGGCAGAAGGAAGGAGAGCAGUGGAGGGGCUUGCCCACUCGCGUCUAACUGGCUCCCAGAGGAACCAGCAGAGUGUCUUUGGAAGCUCCCACUGGGAAGAGCAAGGUUGCACCUCAGAAGGAAGGUCUGGAGUGGCCGUCUUGGUAGAAAGACAGAGGACUGAAAGGGUCCAGGUUGGUGAAAGUCCAGGAUCGCAAGCGUGGAGCUGGGCUUUUAAAGAUUCCUUGCAUGGGGUUGAUGUGGACUAUGUUGUGGGGAUUUUUGCACUGGGUUGUUUGCACUGUGCUUUUGUUAAUCAACUGUUGACGGAAUGGAGAAUAAGCUCAUAUGGACUUACUGGGAACCCGAAAAGGAAAUUGAAGUGAUGUGCCAUGUCCAGGGCUGCCCCGAGGCCAGAAGUGGGUGCCUGGGAGGAGAUCAGGAGGAUUAAGAGGAAAGAUGAUGAUUGAUGAAGAAGGGGGCGGGGGAGGAGAGGUCUGUGCCACUGAACUUCAGAGGCUGGAAUUCUGUUUUAUUUCUGUCUGAAGAUGUGUCCUAGUGUUUCUUUUCAUGCAGUGACAAGGCAGGAAUCUCAGGUUGCUCCAUCAGCAAUAAAGGGAUCAGUGCUGUACCUCCAUGGCUCAGUUCUCUCUUUGGCAGCAACAGACCUGAGCUGGAAAGUUGGAAUCAAUCUAUAUCCACAUUGCCCCCAUUUAAGGGGUCAUUGGGCCUUGGUUUGGCUCGGCUCAUUCCACUGCAGAGAGGGGAACACUUGGGAAGCUUGGAUCCAAAGCUAAACUGCCCCCCAAAUUUUGGGGAGGUUCCAGCUUAGCCUUUCUCUGUUGGUUUGGCUCUGUAUCGACAAAAAAACCCCAGAAGCGGUAGCUGCGGUUGAGUCCUACUGUUUUAGAGAAGAGUGCUUUUCCCUCUGCAAGGAAUAUCUCCACUCCCAUGGGCAUGGGGAGCAGCCAGCAUUUCACACAGAGUUGCCUCAUCCAGAGAUAUCAGCAUGCUCUACAAAGGAGGCUCAAUAUCUCCAUUUUACAGGUGAAAAAUCUCUGGAUCAGAGAUGGGAAGUGAUGUGCACCAGCAAAAGGAAUCGAACCCCACCUCUUAACCUGCUCUUUGUACUUGCCCACGGGGCUACCUGGUCUCUGCUUCUGAGCUGUCCGCUGGCAAAUUGCUAGGAGGGAAACUGCCAUCCUCCUCUUUGCCAAGAGUGAAGGAGCCUGUAGUAAAUAAAUGAGAGCCCAAGAACUUUGAGGGAGAGCUGGGGCUAUUUCUGAUCCUGACUUCAUCAGCAAUGUGGCUGGAGCAGUGUUGCAGGAUGGCUUAUGUGGAGUCAGCAGGGCUGUAUGCCUGGUAACAAUAAGUUGCUCCAUUUGCAUUCAUCCUAAAGUUUCACAGAGCUACCGACUUUACAAUUUAGAGCUUAAAUAACUCUCUAGACCGUAAUAAUACAAUACGAAACCUAGAAACACAGUCUGGGAGCACUGUGUGUCAGUAAUGGCCAGCUAGGCCACAAUGGUCAUCACUGGACCUGCCAACCAGGAGCUCAAACACCCCCUCUCCCCACAUUUCUGUUGACUGGUACAGUGGGGAAAGUAUGGCCUCCUUUGCCCUGCCAUGGUACCUGGCUCACCAUGUGCUGGCAUGGAAGGUAUAGAGGGAAAGCUGUAUGCCUCCCUGCCCCAGCCUUGCACACCACACAGGGCUGGGCAUAACCAAGCCUCAAACCACUGUCUCCCUUUCUGCUGUCAGCUGGACAGGGGAGAGGUCGGGAGGGAUCUGUGGAUGGAACCAUGUGGCAGUGGCCAUUCUCCUCCCUGAGCUAGGGAGUGGGAUGCAUAAGUAUGACUACAAAUAGCAAAUGAUGCGAUUUUUCACAUCUGUAAUUAUCCCCAUCCCCUUGUUGCCGAUUAAUGAAUCGAGGUAAUUAUGGGACCCCAUUCCCAGGUUAUCUGAGUGCUUCCCAAUGAUUUAAAAAUAGACAGACAAUAACGAUCUCUCUCCCACGCCUACCUGUAAGAAAAGCAGCUGAUUAUAGGGUUGUUUUGUUUUGUUUGUGUGUAUCGCUGAGUGUGACGAGCUUAUCAAGGGAAAACAUUUAGUUCUCAGCCUAGGGGAUCCGUGGUCAUUUUGAUCUCUUGUGGCAGUAGGGUCCAUAGUCUAAGUAUAGCCUCUAUGAAAGUUCUGUCUCCAGUAUGCCUGAACCUCCUUCCGCUACUGGUCAGCAGUUUGUUUUGGUGGAAGGCAGCUGAUAUAAGAGGCCAUGAUUGCAGAGGAGAGAGAUGCUGUCUCAGGGAGCCAGGGCCAGUUCCAUAGAGGGGUUUGACUACCCGGUGAUGAGCACAUUUGGAAAUAGACCAAAUAUACUCAUAGAAGCUGGAAAAUAAUGUCUUUUAUUGAAUGUCCCUCCCUUCUGUUUUUCUAAUGGAGCACGAAAGCUACUGCAUUGUUUAUGUGCUAGCAACAGGGGUGAUGUCAGCAGGAUUGUUCAUGGCUGUGCAGAACAAAAAGCCAGCAGGGAGAGCUCACUCAUUUUUGGUGUAUCCCACCACAGUGGUGUGGUGGCCUUUAGUUUCAGUUUGCAUCUCCAAAACAGUGGAUUUCAAGGUAAAAAUAGAAUCUGUAGGCCACGUUUUGAUGACUGUUAAGUAAGGCCACAUUUUGAGUCUGGGCUAGUCGAUGGUGUUUGUCUGAAUAGUUUGUCUCAAGCAUUAAUAUGGGGAAUUGGACUGGAGUUGAUUAGAAGGGGUCAUUGAGUUUUCCCAAGGGUCCACAAAAUAGGCACAUUGCAAAUGAAGACUUAUCCCCAGGACAACCCCCUACGGCAGGGCAUCUGUUCAAGUUCACUAUGGUAAGGAUUCCCAAAAGGGCACUGGCCAAAGGCAGUCUAGGGUCCUCUUCAUCCUUAAUGUGGAAGAGCAGCCUGUGGAGACUACAAAUCCCAGCACGCAACACUCCAUCUUGAGUGGAGUGGAGGCUCACUCGGGUCAAGAAAUAGCAUCUGAGUGCUGGGACCUGUAGCCUCUACGAGCUGGACCUGUGUAUUAAACAUCCAGGCAGCUGCACUGUUUGUGUCCCUGCAAGUAACAGGUCUGUCCUGGGGCCUGGAUCACUUCAGGGCCCAGCUGGAAGGGGAGUUGUAUAGAAAGAUGAACGGUGAUGUGUAGAGGAGAAGGCUGUGCCUAGCGGGACUGCAGGAAGGUUGCAACGCCUUUCCAGAGCCUUUUCCUGGCUGUACCAUUACAAGUGGUAGCUGAAUCAGGGAUGGAAAUGAAACUUUCAUUAUCCGGUCCUUACACUUCAAUCUGCUAUAAACUGUACCAAUCACUGCCAAGUGAAUGACAAUAAAGAGAGUCCCCUGGCUCCGUGUCUAGCUCAUGAAUAUAAUUUCAUUCAGCACUCUCAAGAUACCCAAGAGGGGAGCAGUGUGUGUGUGUGCGCGCGCGUGUGGCUGUUGGAUGGGAACGAGGUGAACUGGCAGACAUGCAUAUAGCCCCAGACCUGGAAUUGCUGCAGGUCAGGUUUAAGAUGGAUCAGCAGAGACGCAUGGGGAGUCCAGGACUAGAGAAGCAGGAGGUUUUUCAGGGCUGGAGGUUCAAGAGGAGUUGCAUGGCAGCAAUCAGUUGUACCCAACCAGUGUCUGCUGUCUGACCUCAUCCCUGCAUUGCCUGAGGCUAGGGCCCAGCUCUCUCUGCCCGGUGGGGGCUGCAUGGCUGGAGGUGCAGGUUCAUUGAUAGCAUCACCAGUUGUGAUUCUACAUUUGCCUGAGUUCAUGACUGGGCUGUAAAAAUCCUCUCAAGCCCGAAGCCUGCUGUAAACCUAGUCACACCCGGCUGAAUGUAUUUACCAGACUGCAAGGGGAGAAUGAGCUCAGCCGUUGAGAAGGGGGAGAGUGUGUUGGUUUCUGACAGAUUUUUUUUUGUUAUGCUCAUAACCUUAAAAUACCUUUUCCCCUUGCAGGCUGUUAAUCUGUUUGUUUCCUUGCACCGUCGGCAAGGCAUGCCCGUCUGCUGUGCAGUGACUUAGGCUUGGGAGAACACACCAAGAAAUCGGGGCUGCUGGGUGAUAUUGGAAUACAAAUCAAUAAUAAUCUACUGGUGAUGCCACUUACCUCAUCCUCCCUGGGUGUAGCAGGAGGCUCCUGCUCUGACUGUCAUUCCCCCAGGCUCUCAUUCUUUCCAUUGUCUUCCUGGCUUAAAAAAAAAAAAAAAAAAAAACAGGGUGACCACUGAGGCCAAGUGAUACGACCACCUGUCC